CCGUCCUCUUGAAGCUUUAUAGUGCUCUCUAUCUCUGCCGUAUUUCUCACCCGCGCGACGCUUAACGAUCUCAGCCAUGGCCUCCGCCGCUGAAGUCGACGCUGAGAUGCAGCAGGCUCUUACCAACGAGGUCAAGCUCUUCAACCGCUGGACCUAUGAUGACGUUUCGGUCACAGACAUCAGUCUUGUCGACUACAUUGGAGUGCAGGCAGCUAAACAUGCUACCUUUGUCCCUCACACCGCCGGAAGAUACUCUGUGAAAAGAUUCCGUAAGGCUCAGUGCCCCAUCGUUGAGAGGCUCACAAAUUCCCUCAUGAUGUACGGGAGAAACAACGGAAAGAAGCUGAUGGCAGUCGGGAUUAUCAAGCACGCUAUGGAGAUCAUUCAUCUCUUGACUGACUUGAACCCAAUUCAGGUCAUCAUCGAUGCCAUUGUUAACAGUGGUCCAAGAGAAGACGCAACCAGAAUCGGAUCUGCUGGUGUUGUGAGGAGACAAGCCGUUGAUAUCUCCCCUCUAAGACGUGUUAACCAGGCUAUCUUCUUGCUUACCACCGGUGCUCGUGAGGCUGCUUUCAGAAACAUUAAGACUAUUGCUGAGUGCCUUGCUGAUGAGUUGAUCAACGCAGCCAAGGGCUCUUCCAACAGUUAUGCCAUCAAGAAGAAGGAUGAGAUUGAGAGAGUUGCCAAGGCCAAUCGUUAAAGAGUUUCAUUUUGCCCUGAGGGUUUCAAUCUUGUCAAACAGCUUCUUUGUGUUUUUAUUUCAUUUAGAUUGGAAUAUGUAUCAGAUGUUUUGCUCUUUUGUUCUAUGAAGUUUAUUUCGUCUGGCUACUUUGAAUAGGUAAAUUUUGAUGCGUUAAGUGAUUUCGUAUCAGUUUUUGAAUAUUGAAUAGCAACUUGUUA